GCAAAGUACCUCAGAGGACCUCGAGCAGGAGGCAUGUUCAGUGCAAUAAACCCACUGGGGCAGAUUGUUGCAAUGCCUUCUCCAGUUUUAAGAAUAUAUUGUGGAAACAAAGCAAGCAAGCAUAUGAGAGAGCAAGAAAUCCGAGGAAGAAGAAGAUAAGAAAAACCGAGAGUUCAAGUCAUGGAGAGUUCAUCCUUGUGUAA